CGGAGCUGUGCCUGAAAAGAGGUGGAAGUGAAAUAGCGCAGUGGAAGCAGCAGGAGAGUCAAUCAGCGGAAAGAUGGCGACCCGGACAAUGCAAGCGGCGCGAUGCCCUACUGAUGAGCUGUCUUUAACAAACUGCGCAGUGGUGAGUGAGAAGGACCUGCAGUCUGGACAGCAUGUAAGUGUUAAAACCACUCCAAACCACAAGUUUGUGUUCACGGUGAAGUCUCAUAACACAGUAACACCUGGGACUAUAGCAUUCAGCUUACCUCAGAGGAAAUGGGCUGGACUCUCUAUCGGACAGGAAGUGGAAGUUCAAAACUAUAAUUUUGACAAAUCAAAGCAGUGUAUCGGCGCGAUGAUGAUCGAGAUCGACUUUUUGCAAAAGAAAAACACUGACUCAUCUCCAUAUGAUUCAGACAAAAUGGCGAGUGAAUUCAUUCAGCAGUUCAAUAACCAGGCCUUCACUGUGGGACAGCAGUUGGUAUUUAGUUUCUGCGAUAAACUGUUCGGCCUGGUGGUGAAGGACAUCGAGGCAAUGGAUGCGAGCAUACUAAAGGGAGAGACAGCGAGCGGAAAAAAACAAAAGAUUGAGAUUGGGCUGUUGGUGGGAAACAGUCAGGUUAUCUUUGAGAAAGCAGAGAAUUCUUCAAUUACACUUGUUGGAAAAGCCAAAACCAAAGAGGCACGUCAGACGAUUAUUAAUCCAGACUGGAACUUUGAGCGCAUGGGCAUCGGCGGCCUGGAUAAAGAGUUCUCAGACAUCUUUAGGAGAGCAUUCGCCUCACGCGUCUUUCCUCCUGACAUAGUGGAACAAAUGGGAUGUAAGCACGUAAAAGGCAUUCUCCUCUUUGGUCCUCCUGGUUGCGGUAAAACCCUGAUGGCAAGGCAGAUUGGGAAGAUGCUAAACGCACGUGAGCCGAAAAUCGUAAAUGGACCAGAGAUUCUCAACAAGUACGUCGGAGAGUCUGAGGCCAACAUCAGGAAACUGUUUGCUGACGCUGAGGAGGAGCAGAAAAGGUUGGGUGCUAACAGCGGGCUGCACAUUAUAAUUUUUGAUGAGUUGGAUGCCAUCUGUAAGCAGCGUGGUACAGCAGCAAGCAGCACCGGCGUCCAUGACACCGUGGUCAAUCAGUUGCUGUCCAAAAUCGAUGGUGUGGAGCAACUUAACAAUAUCCUCGUUAUUGGAAUGACUAACAGACCUGAUCUAAUAGACGAUGCUCUGAUGAGACCUGGCAGGUUUGAAGUAAAAAUGGAGAUCGGUUUGCCUGAUGAGAAGGGUCGUGUCCAGAUCUUGAGCAUUCACACGGCUAAAAUGCGAGAGUUUAACCUGUUAUCGCUGGAUGUGGACCUGAAGGAGCUGGCAGUUGAAACGAAGAACUACAGCGGUGCUGAACUGGAGGGAUUAGUGAGAGCUGCACAAUCGACCGCCAUGAACCGACACAUCAAGGCCACAGCCACAGUGGAGGUAGACCUGGAGAAAGCUGAGAAGCUGCAGGUCUGCAGAGCGGAUUUUAUGGGGUCAUUAAACAACGACAUCAAACCUGCGUUUGGUACGAAUCAGGAGGAUUACGCAAGCUACAUUAUGAACGGCAUUAUUAAAUGGGGUGAUCCAGUGAGUCAUGUGCUGGAUGACGGAGAGCUGCUUGUUCAGCAAACCAAGAACAGCGACAGAACUCCGCUGGUGGCUGUGCUGCUUGAAGGUCCUCCACACAGCGGGAAAACGGCGUUAGCCGCUAAAAUCGCUGAAGAUUCGCAAUUUCCUUUCAUUAAGAUUUGCAGUCCUGAUAAAAUGAUCGGCCACUCCGAGAUUUCAAAAUGUCAAGCCAUUAAAAAGAUUUUUGAUGAUGCUUAUAAGUCCCAGCUCAGCUGUGUGGUAGUGGACGACAUCGAGCGCCUGCUGGAUUACGUUCCCAUCGGCCCAAGAUUUUCAAACCUCGUCCUCCAGGCACUGCUGGUUUUACUGAAGAAAGCACCUCCUCAAGGCCGUAAGCUGCUCAUCAUCGGCACCACUAGCCGUAAAGACGUCUUGCAGGAGAUGGAGAUGCUCAACGCUUUCAGCACCACCAUCCACGUCCCCAACAUUGGCAGCGGAGAUCACCUGGUGGAGGCGCUAGAGUUGUUGGGCAGUUUUACGGAUGCAGAAAGAGCAACUAUCGCCCAGAAGGUGAAGGGGAAGCGAGUGCGGAUUGGAAUUAAGAAGCUCCUUAUGCUCAUCGAGAUGUCACUGCAGAUGGAUCAGGAAUAUCGUGUCAGCAAAUUCCUCUCCCUGCUGCGGGAUGAGGGAGCAGAUCACAGCUUCUAAGAGUAACAAGUGGAGCUCCAUCCCGCAUCAUUCUGUACCCCUCAUCGUAACCCCCCGCACAUAUACACACACACAUACACCACAGUGUGUGUAGUGUCUUGUACUUUGUGAGCUACUGUUCUAGCUAUUUAAUGAAUAAAAGAUUUAAAAAUGUACAAACUUAUCACUAAAAUACAUAUUAUUCUGUUUUGUGCGUGCGAACGCAUCAUAUAUAGCUUUUACAUCAUGCAGGUGUGUGAGUAAAAUUUUAAGUGCAUAGUACUGACAAUGUACUGUUAUAUUUAUGACUUUGAGUGGUGUGUAAGUUGUGGUGUACAGUUACACUAUGAUGUGUGUAUGGAGGUAUGUGUGUGUGUGUGUUAGAGCUUUAAACAUAUCUAAAAUAUCAAACUGAUACAUUCUGUCUGACCUGACCUGACCUGGGCCACCACACCAGAGACUAAGUCAGUUUUAAAAUCAAAUGCUAGUUCUAAGGAACACCCCUUAAUUAGCAUUGCUAAUUAGCAGAAUUUUUCUGAAUCUUUAACCACUUAUUUCUUUGUUUACUCACACAAAGUGUUUAAUAUACAUCUGCUUUAAACUAUUAUCACAGGUUUACACAAUCAUAGAUGUCUGCUUGCACUUUUAUGAUCUGUUUACAGAAAGAAUCUUGUGCUUUAGCUAGCCAGUUUAGGAAUCAAUAGGUUAGCUAGCAAGCUGAUUGUGCUCAGCAAAAUUUAGCUGGCGGUGUUAGUGCACUAGAUUUGGCUGUUUUAUGUGACAAAGAUAACUCUAAGGUGUCCAAACCAUCAUAUAAAUGAUUAACUGUGUAAACAAUAUUCAUGUGCAGCACUAGAGAACAUUUCUAGUUAGGCUAGACUGCUAACUCUGAGUAGCUCUUUUAAACAGCUUUGUUAACCCUCAUCUGCUCGUGCAAUACAAAUAACAGUACCACAGUUUACAUUUACAAUUUACAAAUGCAUGAUUUAAACUUCAAUAUGCUCUAUAAACUUUAUUAUGGAGCAAUCUAUGGACAGUAAGGGGUAAAAAUGCAGGUCAGCAUCUGUUUAAUCUGUGUUUGUGUGUGUGCGUGUGCAUGUGUUCAGGUGGUUGAAUGGAAAAUGUAAUAUGAACCUUUCUAGUAUUUGACAAACAAACUGUUUAAACAGCCAGCUCAAACUCGUGUGUGUGUGUGUGUGUGUGUGUGGGUGGGUGGGUGUGGAAGCCAGAAUUUAUCACCCCAGCAUUUAACAAGUGUAUAAAAUAACCAAUCUUGUCCUGCUCUAUGUCUCUCAGUCAUUAAUUCCUAUUUGUGUGUGUGUGUGCGCGUGUGUGAAUGAGAUAUUAUGUUGUUUGGUGUGCAUUAAUAUUGGUUAUUGGUAACUGUCAAUGAUGGGUAAUUUAUUUGACUUGUGUAAUGAUCUGUGAUUAGUGCUUGAUGUUCACAGAUUUAAUGUCAUGAAUAUUAAAGAUGUUGUGAAUAUUAUUGAUGUAUUCCAAUAAACACGCACAGA